AUGGCUCUUACGGGGAAUGAGACCUCAGCUCGCCCCGAUGAUGCCCCCCAUUAUCUCCUGGAGGGUGAUCCAUUUGCCUCCAAGCUGUCCAAGGAGGCCGACAUCGUGGCUGCCUUCUACAUCUGCAUCAUAGGGAUCCUGUCUGCCACAGGAAAUGGCUAUGUUAUAUACAUGACCAUCAAACGCAAGACAAAGCUAAGGCCGCCUGAGCUCAUGACAGUUAACUUAGCCAUAUUUGACUUUGGCAUAUCAGUCACAGGGAAACCGUUCUUUGUGGCGUCCAGUUUCUCCCACCGCUGGCUGUUUGGUUGGGAGGGCUGUCAUUUCUAUGGCUGGGCUGGCUUCUUCUUCGGUGUUGGCAGCCUCAUCACCAUGACCGUAGUUAGCCUAGACCGAUACCUCAAGAUCUGUCAUCUCAGAUACGGUACUUGGCUGAUGAGGCACCAUGCCUUCCUGUGUCUGGUGUUUGUCUGGCUCUACGCAGGCUUCUGGGCCACCAUGCCCCUGGUGGGCUGGGGCAGCUACGCACCAGAGCCGUUUGGCACCUCCUGUACCCUGGACUGGAGGCUGGCCCAGAUCUCCGUGGCGGGACAGAGCUUCGUCAUGGCCAUCCUCUUCUUCUGCCUUAUCUUCCCCACCGGCAUCAUCGUCUUCUCCUAUGUUAUGAUAAUAUUCAAGGUCAACUCCUCAGCUAAAGAGAUCUCCCACUUUGACACCAGGAACAAGAACAGCCAUAGCCUGGAGAUGAAACUGACCAAGGUAGCGAUGUUGAUCUGUGCUGGUUUCUUGAUAGCGUGGAUCCCGUAUGCAGUGGUCUCCGUGGUGUCUGCGUUUGGCGAGCCCGACUCAGUGCCUAUCUCUGUCUCUGUGAUCCCCACUCUGCUGGCUAAGUCCUCUGCCAUGUACAACCCCAUCAUCUACCAAGUUAUUGACCUGAAACGUUCCUGUGCAAAGUCCUCCUGUUUCCAAGUCCUGAAGAGGUGUAGACAUUUUAAAAAGUCAAGGAUUUACACCAUUUCUGGCUCACUUAAAGACAGACCAUCCGUAAAAGAGUCUCACAGUGAAAUGUGAGAAAAGGACAGUGAUUCUCUUCUGUGAAAUGACUCUUGGUUUUUCCCCUCACCAGUCCAAUCACAACCCUGCUAUCAACUGCUAAGACAUGGACCACCGCUCACCACCCAGACCUACGCAACCCAGCCUUGCUGUAUCUAUGUUCCUGCUCCAAACAGCUCUAUGUACUCUCCUACAUCAUGUUCCUCUCUGUGUUUCCAGCUCAAGGCUGGCGCCAAGAUGUUAUUUUUUACACUUUGUACAGAUGAUUUUGUAUUGUGUACUUGUGCACCUGUGACUUGCAUCGUUUGAAGACAUUUAAACCUUUAUGUGCACCUGUAAGAUCUAAAGCGCUGUUCAGAAAGAGGUAUGAUAUACUCUAAAGAGAGCUGGAGGGACUGUGGUGUUGGCGUUUAGGGUUGUUCCCUGCUUCAGGCAGGUCUGACU